AUGCCGGGUGCUGGCGAGGCUUUCACCGAGCUGCAGGCCAAGGUGAUAGACACACAGCAGAAGGUAAAGCUGGCUGACAUCCAGAUCGAGCAGCUGAGCAAGACGAAGAAGCACGCUCACCUCACCGACACGGAGGUCAUGAUGCUGGUGGAUGAGACCCGCAUGUACGAAGGCGUGGGGAGGAUGUGA